AAUUUUUGUCGAAAUGCCCCCUACAAUCCGAAAAGGAAAUGCCCAACUUCCAAAUUAGAAAUAAUUCAAAUAAAUUCAUCGGAUUUUGCUUGAUUUUUGUUAAAUAACGAAGCAAUAAAGGUAGCAUAUGGGGUCGAUACACGUGCAUCUGCUUAUUAAAGGCAAAAAUGGCGACUGUCGAUGCUUGGCCUACAAAACGCAAUUUCAAAUUUAUUUCGCUCGUAUUUUGGAGGGAACCCCUUAAUUUCUAGUUUAAACCAAAUAAUUGAAUGAAGUUUUCAGGGUAAUGUAAUUUAAUUACAAAAAACCAUCAAUAUGACUACAAAUACACAAUUCGACGAGACGACAAUUAAAAUAGAAGACACCUCGGAAAAUGUUACCGAGAUCCAGUCCUAUUUGGCUGGCUUCCAAAAAGAAAUCGGCGAUAAUAACAUACAAACAAACUCAGGAGGUGAGGAAAAUGAAAAUGAAACAGAGGAAGGUACUUACUUUGUCGAUCAAGCCGGUCACUACUAUUUUCAAGCCAAGGGAGAUGCGCAGCCAGUCAUGACGGUUAUGUCAGCCUUACCACAACAGGCUGCAUCGGAUGAAGGGGACGAGUACAUUAUUAACGCUGACAAUGAGGAGAAUGAGACCAAUGAUGACCAAGAAGAGCGUGGACCUAGCAACGAAAAUCAAAUUUUAAUAAACUCAGGCAACGCUUUCCAAAGAGUGACUGUAGUUCCUGCCGAUAACAAUUCUGGCGAACUCAGUUACGUUCUCAUCGUUCAAGAUCCUGAUUUGAAAGACAAUGAUAAUGAUGAGGAUGAGGAUGAUCAGGAUAUGGCAGUUUACGAUUUUGACGAUCAAGAUGGCAGCGUUCAAAUGGACUCAGACGCCGAGGACGACAAAUCAAAAAUCGUCAAAGUGUUCCCGAGAAAAUCACAGAGCGUGUCACAAGCUCACAUGUGUAACUACUGUAAUUAUACCAGUUCCAAAAGGUACCUGUUAUCCAGGCAUAUGAAAUCCCAUUCAGAAGAACGGCCUCACAAGUGCAGCGUAUGUGAACGGGGUUUUAAAACCCUGGCUUCCCUGCAAAAUCACGUGAACACUCACACAGGAACCAAACCGCACGCUUGCUCCUAUUGCGAGGCCGCGUUCACUACAUCAGGUGAAUUGGUGCGUCACGUGAGAUACCGUCACACUCACGAGAAGCCUCACAAGUGUUCGGACUGUGACUACGCCAGCGUAGAGCUGUCAAAGUUGAAACGUCACAUCCGGUGUCACACUGGCGAAAGACCAUACCAAUGCCCGCACUGUACCUACGCCAGUCCCGACACGUUUAAACUGAAGAGGCAUCUGAGGAUUCAUACAGGGGAGAAACCUUACGUUUGUGACAUUUGCAGUAAUAGGUUUACUCAGAGUAACAGUUUGAAGGCUCACAAGCUCACACAUAACAUCGGUGACAAACCAAUAUUUCAAUGCGCCCUCUGUCCGACAACUUGUGGCAGAAAAACCGACUUAAGAAUUCACGUUCAGAAGCUACAUACAUCGGAUAAACCACUAAAAUGCAGAAGAUGUGGCAAAUCCUUUCCAGACAGAUACAGCUACAAGCUACACAAUAAAUCUCACGAAGGCGAAAAAUGCUUUAAGUGUGACCUGUGUCCCUACGCUUCCACAUCGGCCAGGCAUCUAGAAUCACACAUGCUGAUUCACACGGAUCAAAAACCAUACGAAUGUGAUUUGUGUGAUCAUUCCUUUAGACAAAAACAAUUAUUGAGGAGACAUCAAAAUCUAUAUCACAACCCUGAAUAUAUUCCACCAAAGCCUAGAGAUAAAACUCACGAGUGUCCCGAGUGUUCGCGAACGUUCACUCACAAAGGAAAUUUACUUAGGCAUAUGGCAGCUCACGAUCCUGAUCCACAGAUUCAACAGAAACAACUGGAAUUGAAGUUGGGCAGACAGAAAAAGAUUCAGAUGAUUGAUGGUCAACAGGUCGAAGUGAUAAGCCCUGGUUUAGCAUCGGACGAAGAAGAAGAGAUCGACAUGAUGGCCGUAGAAGGUUCAGAUGGACAACAAUACGUAGUUUUAGAGGUUAUACAACUAGCAGAGGGUGAAGAACAAGCGAUGGUAGUGGGUUCGGAAAACAGCGACGGUAUCGUUGGUAUGGAUGGCGUGAUGCAAGAUGGAGAGUUGGACGAUGAUGUCAUCAAGGCUUUGCAAUCGGCCAGGCGGAUAAACAAAGCCAGUGUAGAAGAAGAAGAAGAUGAUGAUGAUGAUGAAGACAAGAAACCCGAUAUCGCCACCACUGAGGCCGACAUGCAGAACUGUUUCGGAUUUGACGAAGAAGAGGAAGACGACCAAAGAGAGACCCUAACCCUACUUUCAAACAUGGACUGAGCUAGGAACUCGGCCUACCCUAAGAAAUACGUAAAAAAAAAGUUGUCCUAAAAUUUCGUUACUCUAGUUCAAUCUUCAGUACAAAUGACGGUUUUAUAUGAAUCACAAGUAUGACGAAAUGUCAAAAAACGGCUGGGUUUCGUACCACUGUUGCCAGAUUUCUACACUGCGGGUUGGAACCUUUGGUGUUACUUGAAAAUUACAAAGUUUAAGCGUAAUACACUAAAAACACUGGAAGGAAUUGGACUAUUAUUUCUGUUCAUAUUGUCUUUACGUUUAUUUUUAAAGGAAAUUAACAAAAAUUAGGAAAUCUAAUAUUUUAUGUAGAAUUAAUUGGCAUGUGUCAAGUGUCAGCUGUCAUAGAAGCCAUAUUAAGAGUAAUACCAUUUAAAUAUGUGUUAAUUGGGGUUAUAUGACAAGAUAUCGAAAGUGUCAUAGAGAAAAGUUGUUCAGAAUUCGAUUUCACAAAUGUGUGACAAUUUUCGUAAAUAUACAGGGACUUUCAAAACUAUGAUAUGUUUUGAAAACCCCUGUUAAUUUUUUGAAAACAUUUUUCUUUGACACUUUUACGAUAUCUUGUCAUCUAACCUCACUUUUUACAAGUUUUAACGGUACCGUUGUAAGUUGGCGCCAUCCAUGACAGUUGUAACAUGACAUAUGUCAAUUUUAUUUUUGUUAUCGGGCAUAUUGAACUGAUUUAACAUUAAUUCUGUUUCAAUAAUUCAAAAUACAGGGUAAAAAAUGUGUUUUUUGUGUAAUGUGGUUAAAAUACGCAAUUUUCUGUUAGAUUUCUGUUUGAAAACAGUUUACUUUUAGUUUUAAUCUUGAAUUAGGGUCGAUUGUGAUAUAGACGGAUUAAAAGAACUGUCUUUAUUGUUGUAUGUAUAAAAAAAACAGUUUAUAAUUGUACAUAUAAUUUAUAUCUAGUUUUAGAUAACUUUGAGGUGUUUAACUUCGGUGAUGUUGUAUUUUUCCUGUAUAUACUUUACAGAGAUUUGAUUGCUUUA